ACCUGAUAGGACCUUCAACCUGCUGCAGAGAUGAUCUGUAACCUGCUUCUGUCCUGCUCUGUCCUCCUGCUCUCCUGCAGUCAUCUGUUAGCACAUCCUGUUACAGACACAGCUGACAUGACUUACAGCGGCCCUGAUUCAGCGGAAGAGGCCGGAGGCGUCAGUCCAGAUGAUUUCUCUGUCUCUGAUCUCAAUGAUCUCCUGCAGAGGGCGGCAGUCGCAGGAUAUUCCCCGCUGCUCAGCCGAGACAAUAUCAAAGUGCCUGGGCAGACUCCUAAAGAGGCUCUUAGAGAGAUGCUGUUAGAAAAACCGUAUCGCCUCAUUCCUCCCAAUGGUCUGUGGGGCAGCAGGAGACAGUUCAGGAAGAGAGGCGGCAGUGCAGAUUGCUUCUGGAAAUACUGCGUUUGAGGCAUUCAUGACAUGCUGAACUGAGUCACAGGGCUUUUAUAGCUUUUCCUACCAGUGUGGACUCACAAUACAAAAGCAAAAAUAUACAGAAGACUGACGUAAACCAGUAACAUGUAAAAUAUCUGGGAUUUUUUUCUACAUAUCUUCAGCUUUUAUGUGUCUGUACAUUUUUAAUGACAUGUAAUUCUGGAGUAUUUGGAUUAAGUGCCAAUACUAUCUUUAUAGGAGAGACCUAGCUACUGUAUAAGACAUAUAUAACUGUUAACUAUAAAUAAAUGCAAAAAUAAAAUAAUA